GAAUCGAAAGCUUCCCAACACAAACUGUGCACCGUGCCAGUGGAUAUAUAACACGCCGCCCGCCCGCGCGUACACAAAAACCACAGCGCGCGCGCGACGAGCCACGCCACCGCCACAAAAAGCGGGCAGCGCAGGACGCAGCCCCAACCCAACCAACACCAAAAGAUGGCCACCAAGGCCGCCGCGCGGCGGCGCCUCCGGGCCCUGCGAGCUUUACUGAAUAAGGACUUAAGUGGAGACGCGCCGGGCGCGCUCUUGUUCGUCUGCGGCGUCGACGGGAAAGACAAUUGGGCCUCGUCGUCGGUCGUGCGGUGGCUUUGCUUGGGAGAGAGCGGGUCGUCGUUGAUCGAUGAACGACCGAGGCCCUUCAACCACGACCAGUGGGCCGCGCUCGAGGAGACCGCUCUACUCAUGACGCGGGAUUCGUUAAGGGUGCUGUACGACGCGGCGGCGGGUGACGUGUUGGCACCUUUGCUGACGUGUGGCGCGGGAGGCAUUUCAGAGUACGUGCUACCAUCCACGGACGAUCCCGAACAACGAGAAAAAGAUAAGGUCGCGAAGUUCGAAAGGAUGUUAGAUGCUGGACUAGGUCCUGAAUCAAGGACAUUGGGAGUAGCCAUCCCGUCCGCCGCCUCGUCAGCGCGAGAGGAGUGCGAGUACUGGCCGUUAGUGCAAGCCUUAGCGGCUGGUGGUGAAAAAACGUUCUUGUCGCGGAGGCACGACGUCGUCGACGCGUCGCAAAUACUGAGACAAGUGUUGGUAGCGCCGGACGCCGACUUACUCCGGGAAGCUUUACGGAGAGCCACACCGGCAUUAAGACGGCACGUCGAGGAGGCCUUCAAGAACUGCCGAGGGCCGAUGGGCGUGAAAGGCGACGUCGCAGCCGAGUCCAUAAGGCAGCCGCUGGAGACCUUCGACGAGUACGACGGUGCCGUUCAGGGGGAGGGCGGGCCCCUCGCGUCCAUCGGAUGUGCGUCGCUAGACCUGAAAGAGGGUGACGGCGACGCUCACGUCGUCUUCCAGGCGCGCGAGCCGUCGACGGGGCUGCGCGUUUGUAGAACCUACUUCCUGCGGAGCGGCGCGUUCGCGACGUUAGAUGGGUCGAAGAUAGAGGAGGACGAGGCCCUUCUCACACUGUCGUCGACCUACGCCGACCUAUGUUCUAAGUUCAGGGGGGCGGCGCCCUCUCUAGAUAGACUGAAGAAGGCCUUUCCUUCGGCCGCUUUCUAUGCGCAGACGACGGACUGCCUCGGGAACGUCCUGCAAGAGGAGGCCGAAGGGUCGUUAACGUUCGUCCGCGUUUCUGUAAAAACGAAGUUUGGCGUCGUGGCCGUCGGCGACACCUUUUUGGAGGGCGGUGGGCUCUUAACCGGAGACCGCUGCGCGCCCUACUGCAAAGUGGUCGGCGCGUCCAGUGGUCGAGAACGAGAGGCCGCGGAGGCCAUCAAAAGAAGGCUAAGAGAUGCCCACGGCCCGCGGUCGGAGGAACUGCAACUGGGGAAGCGGCUAGAAUCCUACUCCCACGCCACGCUGGUCCUCGGCUUUGUUGACAGAGACCCCGUCCCGCACGUCGGGCGGUUGGAGCUCUACGAAGACGGAUUCGUCCUCGCGGACGGUGGCCUGGCGCCUCUCGUCGUGUCGUUUGCGAGACAAGACUGCUCUAAAAUAGCCGUCGUGCAGGUGUCGAAGGACGCCCACGGCGUGGCCAUGGAGCUUAAGGAUCCUUCUCACUUACGAGCGGGGUCUAUCGUUGAUGCCUCAUAUGCCGUGCUUGUGGUGCGGAAGCAUGCGCCCGCCAGAAGAGCCGUGGACGGUUCGAUAGAGCGGUGGCGCCGCCACUGUUCGCGCGAGGACGCUCGCGAGUUAGUGAAGCAAGCUCAGGACGCGGCAGCGAGGUGCUGGACCGAAGAAGCCCUGGGCUUGUCUCGCGGCUUAUCUGACGUGCAGGAUGCGAAAGUAGAAGCGUUAAUCGACGCCUAUGCGGAGCGGAGCGGGUCCCGUACUAUAGAUCGCCUCUUCGGCGCUUCGAGUAAUGAGGCCCCUGCCAAGAAGGGGCCGCCCGCCUAUCUGAUUAUCGGCGAACCCGGUUCUGGCGUGGCCGACGUCGCCUGCGCUGUUCUCAGGAGAAUCGCGGAAGUCGAUCAAGUAAAGUGGCACCACUGCGAGGCGUUACGAGUGGAUGACCGCGUCGAUUUGUCGGUCGAGGGCGUGGCGCAUUUGGCGCGGGCGGCGGCAGCAGCAAACAAGUCCAGACUGUUAAUAAGCUUCUGCGUGAACGACUCGUCGUUAGCUUGCGCCACGGCCUGCGCGAGAGCAGGGAUCACCGUGGCCGGCAUCGCGUCGGUGCACUCGGCGGCGUUACUCGCGGAGGCGUAUCCUGAUUUGUGUGCGGGUGUCUCGGACCGGAACGCCGUCGCUACGACUCUAGUGGUGCAGGACUCGCGAGCGGGUCCGAAUAUCGGUGAAGCGGAGAAGCUGCUCCAGAAGCGGUUAAGGGCGGAAGGUUUGCAAUUAAAAGCUUGUCGACGGUCGCGCUUCGCGACGGCGUCGAAUGUCGUGGACGCGUUGCUACCCGCAAGUGGCGCGGCGUACGAGCACGAGGCAACGUGGUCGAAACCCGCGGACCACCAGUUUUUGGGUCGAGACAAUUCGAGGUUGUUCUCGGCGUUGUACGCGCCGCCUCGCACGCCCCGAGACUUUAUGUCGACCUACGUCAAGUGUAGUGUAGGAUCCUUAGAUCGGGAACUGCUCAAGGUCGUCCUCAAAGAGUUGUUACCAUCAGCGACGUUCGACGACGGCGUCGUGGCCUUCGCCGCUCAGAGUAACAGCACCACCUCGAGACCCCCGCUCAAGGCGCUGUUCGACAUUGCUCGUAAUAAAGUCCGGGCCAAGAGGGACGGCGAGCAGCGCCUCAAGGAAUUACCGAGAGAUAUCGAGCACUGGAAGGCGUUGUACAAGGACAGCGUUUCACUUCUACAAGGUGGUGUGGACGCGCUGGACGGUUUUGUGGAUUUGUCCGUCGAUGGCCGGCCCUUACUCCGACCGGCGGCGCUCGACGGGAACCGCAGGGUCGUGGGCUGCACGCCGUUGCCCGAGACGCACGGCGCCUGCUCUGGGCAACGCUUCGUCGGCCUCAAGGUACGACGAGGCGUCGCCGGUAAAGCAUUAGAUCACCUGCUGGGUCUGGCCGCGACCACCCCAAGAAUCGCGCGGCCGCGGCGCGAGGAGAAAUCACUCACGAGGGACGAGCGCGUCAGGAUCUGCAAGCUCGCCGAGGACCGGCCCCUGCCGCCGGGCUGGGCUUUUGAUGGGGCUUGUUAUGUGGAUGGGUUCGGGCGGCGGAGCCGGCUCCGGCCGGACGCGACGGAGCUGUGUUUGGAGUGGCUGGAAGGCGUCAAUGCUGGUGUCGACGCGUGGAACAAAGCCAUCGCGCAACAGUAAUA